AUGGCUUGGGGCUGGGGCGAAUCCGAGGAUGCUCACCGUGAAAUUUACGGCGAGCAGAAGCACGAAAGCCACUUCUCUCACGAACUGAUCGCUGGAGCCGCGUCGUUUGCUGGCAUGAAGGCCUGGGAGGACCACCAGCGCAAGGAAGGCAAGCCCGUCAGCCACGCCUUUGCCAAGGAGGCCCUUGCAGGUAUUGUUGGAGCUGAAGUCGAUAAGCUGAUCGAGACCAAGGGUAUGGAUCAGGUCGACAAGUUCAAGGCCCGCGAGCAUGCCAAAAAAAAUGCGGAGCGGAUGUAUGUGGAGCACUACGAGGAGCGACAUGGUGCUGAGCAGUACGAUCCUAAUCGCUAUGAGCGCCAUGAGAGCUUCAACCGCUGGUAA